AAUGCACUACUCUGAAUAAAACUCUAUAGAAAAUGAUAAUAGAAUAAAAUAACUAUAGAAAAAGAGAGAAGCAAUUUAAAAAUAAACAGAAAUGAGAAGAAAAGAGAUUGAACAAUAUUCUGAUUUAGAUUAUGAGUAUCAAUUUCAAAUAAUUGUGUUAGAAAAAUCUAGAAAGAAAAUGAGAUACUCAUUUAGGAUAAAUAUAAUGUAGAAUAGAGAGCAGCUAAAUUAUAAGAAGUUUAUAAUGGUCUCAAAUUGAGUGUAAUGAAAUAGUAAUUAUAAUUCAAAUUUUAUAGAGUUGGAAAAAUAUAAGUUUCUGCUGAUGCCUUAUGUAAACAUAAAUAAAAUAUCUAUGAACAUAUGGUAAGACAUAAAUCAAAGGAGGCUGAUAUAUUUUUAUUAACUACAAACACAAAACCUAAAGAUUACUUUUAAGUCUUAGAAGAUAAUUUGAAUUAAGGUCCAUUAGUAUAAGAAAAAGAGAAAGAAAUGGAAGCUUUAAAAUUAUAAAAUUAGAUUUUAAAAAAUGAAUUAGAAAUACAUAAAAAUCAAUAAUAAUACAUCCGAGAAUUCUCUAAUAAUCCUCAUAUAGAUUAGGAUAUAAUUAAAAAUAUGGUUAAUGAAAAUCAAUUUAAUAGAAUUAAUACAAGUAAAAAUGAAAGAAGCAAUAGUUAAUUGAGUAUGGAAACUAAAUAAAUAAUGGACUUUUAUAAUGAAAAAUAAUAGACUUCUUCUAUGUAUAAAGAAUAAUUGUAAUUUGGUUGA